AUGAUCGCGGUGGUUCAGCGCUGCACCAGCGGCGCGGUGACGAUCGAGGAAACGUCCACGACGCGAGAGAUCUCACGAGGUGUGGUCGUUCUCGUUGGAAUCGCUAGCUGUGAUACCGAAGAGGAUGUCGAGUACGUGUUAAAAAAAGUCUUCAAGACGAGACUCUUUGCGAACGCCGAUGGGAAGCAGUGGGCGAGCUCAGUCCUCGACAGUGACUUGGACGUUCUUUUGGUCUCGCAGUUCACGUUGCACGCGUCGCUGUUGAAUAACAAGCCGUCGUUUCAUUACGCCAAGAAACCGGCUGAGGCGAGAACGCUGUACGAGUACUUACUGAAGAGAGCGCGCGAGGAGUACGGCAAAGGUCGAAGCGGGAAGAUAGAGGAUGGUCAGUUCGGGUCGAUGAUGCAAGUGCGCAUCGUGAACGACGGACCCGUCACGAUCAUUGUGGAUUCACGCAACCGAGCGUGA